UUGGAGCGCGUCUAACGCCCCGCAUCUCCAAGCUGCGUUUUCACCGACACGCAGCCCACAUUACGCAGUGAAGACAUGUGUCACGGGACUAAAAUCCCUGUGUAACUUGGACCACUGUGCCUGAGAGUUAGCGUGUAGUCGGCUGGAAAUGAACUGUGAAGGUGGGCUGCACGUCGGCGCAUUCACGAUAAGACCCGGCGGUUCCGCUCAUCACCAAUCCACAUGAGAAGUUUGACAGGAGCAGGUUGAAGGGAGUCUACCCGUGCUUCCUAUAGGCUGCUCAAUUUGCUCACUUAGCUCGACCACUUUUCCACAGGACACUGAGGGUUGCAUGCCUCAGUGCCAAGAAAUUGCAAUACGUGGGAGACUUCUGCUAAGAAGACGCAAAUACAUUUGUGGAGGAUGGAAGAGAGAGCUGAGCAAGGACACACACAGGAGAACGGAGGCAGUGAUUGUGCAGCCAGACAACCCCGCACCUCUCCCUGCACCAGUCUGAGGAUGUUUCUGGUGGCAUUGUCCUUUGCCUAUUUUGCAAAGGCUCUGUCGGGGAGCUACAUGAAGAGCACAAUAACCCAGCUCGAGAGGCGCUUUGACAUCCCAAGUUACCUAAUAGGUGUCAUUGAUGGGAGCUUCGAGAUAGGAAACUUGUUGGUGAUAGCUUUCGUCAGUUACUUUGGGGCCACACUCCACAGGCCCAAGAUCAUUGCAAUGGGCUGUGUAUUGAUGUCCAUUGGCACCUUCAUCAUAGCUCUGCCUCAUUUCAUCAUUGGUCGCUAUACAUUUGAGACAUCAGUGCGGAGGGUAGUGAACUCAACUCUUAACCCCUCUCCAUGUCGGGCAGACUCAUCAGCAAACCUGACAGGAGAUGGUACACUGCCUCAAGUGCCAGCCUCAGGUUGUGAAGGCGAGUCCAACCUGUCCAUGUGGAUCUACGUGCUCCUGGGAAAUGUCUUGCGUGGGAUUGGAGAGACACCUGUGCAGCCUCUGGGAAUCUCGUAUAUAGAUGAUUUUGCCACUGAGGAGAAUGCAGCACUAUAUGUUGGUUGUGUGCAGACCAUUUCAGUGGUUGGCCCUGUGUUUGGCUAUCUACUAGGCUCCCUUUGUGCCAAAAUCUAUGUGGACAUUGGAUUUGUAAAAAUGGAGACCAUCACCAUUACCCCAUCAGAUGCUCGCUGGGUGGGGGCCUGGUGGCUGGGUUACCUCAUAGCUGGGGUCAUCACCCUUCUUUCUGCCAUCCCGGUCUGGUUUCUGCCCCGCUCUCUACCCAUGCCCAGGCCCCAGGUCCCAGAGAAGUGCACACCUGAGCAGACAAGUUUCAUCAAAGGCUCGCCCCUUCUGAAGCACAAGUACUCAGCAGACGAACACACUAGUUUUGUAGAGAUGGCCAAAGAUUUUAUUCCAACCCUGCGAACACUGCUGGCACACCCUGUGUAUCUGAUCUACCUGUGUGUGACAAUCAUUCAGCUGAACUCUCUCAUUGGCAUGGUCACUUACAAGCCCAAGUACAUUGAGCAGCACUUCAGACAAUCUGCUUCAAAAGCCAACUUUCUGAUGGGUGUGAUAAAUAUCCCAGCUGUGGCACUGGGGAUGUUUUCUGGAGGUCUGCUGAUGAAGAGGUUGAAGCUGAACAUCAUGGGAGCAGCCAAGUUCGCCUUUGGCACGUCCCUGAUUGGUUACAUCCUGUCACUGUUCUUCUUUGCAAUGAGCUGUGAGAAUGCCAAGGUAGCCGGGGUGACGCUUUCAUAUGACAACAUGGAUAGGAUAUCUUAUGAUAAACACUCGCUCUUCACAGCCUGCAACUUGAACUGUUUUUGUUCAUCGAGCGACUGGGAUCCAGUCUGUGGAGAGAACGGCAUCACAUAUGUUUCUCCGUGUCUUGCUGGCUGCAGCACCUCUGUUGGCUCAGGGAAAAACACAGUCUUCUCUAACUGUAGCUGUAUCGGUGUGGCUGGUAACUUUACGGCCAGUACAGGUCACUGCCCUCAAAAGGACGACUGCGACAGGAUGUUCCCGUACUUCCUGGCUCUCUCUGUUAUCACUUCCUUUAUCAUCUCUCUUGGGGGGACACCAGGCUACAUGCUUCUCAUCAGGUGCAUCAAACCACAGCUGAAAUCUUUGGCCCUGGGUUUCCAUGCAUUGGCAACAAGAACUCUUGCAGGGAUCCCUGCACCCAUUUACUUUGGAGCAAUCAUUGACACCACAUGUCUAAAAUGGGGUCAGAAAAGGUGUGGGGGUGUAGGAGCCUGUCGGAUCUACAACACCACCGCCUACAGGAUAGCAUACCUGGGCCUGACUCUGAGCCUACGGACUAUCUCCUUUAUUAUUUGUAUCCCAGGCUUCAUCCUGCUCAGUCAACAGCUGAAGGAGGAAGAAAGAAGCGCCGUCCACGGAGCUCUGAGAAACGGUGGAACCGAACUGGAGGUGCUCAGGAUGGAAGAGUUAGUUAUUUCUAAUUCUGACCAGCCACAUCACACAUCAGAGAACAGCGCAGAUAGGCAGACACGGCUUUGACAGAUCCAGCAGAGCUGACGGCCGCAAAUGCACCCUCAUUAUGUACAGAGUCAUGCUGUACACAUGCACGCUCGCUCACAUGAAAACAAGAUUUGCAGGGAAUCACUUGUUGUCCAGUUGUCUCUUGUAAAGCAGAUAUUCUAUAUUUGUACUGCUGGAUGUGUGAAGGCUUUGUAAAUUUGACAGAAAUUUGAUAGAACUAAAAGAUUUCUCGAAUGUACUGGCUGUUUUUCCUUAGAAGAAAAAAAAACAAAAACAUAUUUUUAAGUUUUCAUGCCAAUUAGAAAAUGUGACUUGUACAGACUACUGCAAAAACAGUACUAUUUUGAACACCAGCAUUUCAUAAGCUGCCUCUUUAAGAUUCUUCUUUCGGCUGACGUUAUUCCUCCUGACACCACUGUUACUGAACUGAAGAGGUGAAGUGGCCUUACAAACCAGAGGCACAGCAGCAAACUGACAUUUCCUAAAAAGGAAAAUCUGGCCUUUUUUUAAAAGACCCCCUCACACCCACCCCACAGUGUUAAAAAUAUGAAUGAGUUGUUGAAUUGUUUGGACAUUUCAGUAACGCUUAGAGGACUUGUAUGUUGUUGAUAUGAUGUUCAGAUAUGUGCCUCAUUCACUCAACCGUUACCUCUUAGUGUGUGCAUCAGAGACAUUUAAAACUGUAUUUCAUUUUUAUUUUUAAAUUUCAGAGCAUGGAUCUUUACUCAUUUAGGAAAAAAAAAAGUUUUAAUACUGACUGACUCUAAAACUUUUGCCUUUUACUUAAAACCCACAGUUAGAUCUGACUGUAUUACAGUUUGGGUUUUUGUGGUGUGUGUGUGUGUGUGUUUUCUGGAUGUCAGCUUUGGGUCCUUUGAUAUUCAUAAUCAUUAGAAAUGGAAACUGCAUUUUCCUGCUUGUAUAGUGGAUGCUGUUCAACAGGCAGCACAGUUUUUUCAAACUCUAGACCCAUGACACUUACGUCUGAGUGGCGUUAAUGUUUUAUUUUCACACACACCACUCACUAAAGUUGUUAAAAUGCUAAUAAUUGGUGUUACACCAAAUUUGCUCUGAAGCAUCUCAAUUGGGCUCCUCAGGCUCUGGUAUUAAAUAACCCUCACUGUGCCUUGGAAGAGGCAGAGAUUGUACUGUUGCAACACUGAUAAAUAAUGUACUGUAUUUUCUCUCAGUCUUUGGACAAAAAAGAAAGAAAGAAAAAAAAAAUGAAAACAUUAUGGUGUGACGUGUUAUCACAGGAAGUGUGCAUUUGUUGAUGUGUAAAUGUUUUGUUUCCCCAUCUUCAGCCAUCAUCGUAUACGUUUUACUGGUCAGUGUUUCUACCUUUGUGUUGUUUAUGCGUGUUUGUGAGAAAGAAGUUAUCUGUGUCAAAACUCAGAAACAUCAUGGUUUCCCCCCUCAGGUUUGUACUCUUAGAAUUUAUCCCCAAUGCCACACCCCUUUUUUGUGAAAUCGGACAGCGAUUUCUCAAAGUUAUAUAAAUCGAAUGUGUAGCAUGUUUAUCCUGAAAGACGCAUACAAUGAAAGAGACUUUGUCUGUCAUCCUGGACAUUCUAUUUUUUUUAGCAUUUCCUUUCACUGAGAGCACACAGCUAAAAUCAGAGCUCUGUUCAGGGAUCAGAGGUUAGUUGAAGGCAUACAGGCUGCUCUUGGUGAUGUUUUGCAAUGACUCAUAAAGUUGUGGAUUUGUGAUUGCUCCCAAAUUGAUGGCCAAAAUACUGAUAUGAUUAAAAGUCAAGUACUGACAAACUAGAUCAUUUGUGCAAUAGUAGAUGUGUAUAUGCUGCCGCCCACCUCUAAAAUUCAUAAUGGCUACCUUUCUUUCGACAACCCGUUUGCACAGUAUCACACACUCAUUUUUAAAGACUAUGUAAAUCCGCCCAGCUCAAAACUCAAGACCUGUGAAAGGGUUUGACAGACAUUUUAAUACAGACACACUUUACCAGAGUGUUAAUUUAUCUUCUUCAGGAGGUUGUAGACGGCAGUAAGUGGAUCAGACAGUUUGAGUUCAAGCCCGUAGAGACUGUGUUUGAUGUGAGUUUGUUUUUGAGGCCAAAUGCGCUAAGUCGGUCUGUCUCUCUCCACUUUCAGCCCAUAAAGCUGAAGUAUGAUUUUACCUGAUGUAAGUAUCAGCAUGGAGGGGGGGUAAUUCUGAAAAUUGGUCUCCCUGCAUGAUUGUAUGUUUAUGGCUUUUGAUGAUAAAAAGCAUUGUUUGGCCUAUUAUUACAGGUAACAAAAAUUUGUCGUUGUAUUGCUCACCCUAAGUGUAUGAAAAUCUUUUUUUUUUUUUAAGUAAUAUGCUGGUUUCAUAAUAUUUAUAGUAGCAUAAACUCUUAACGUGUGAAAAUUAACAGUAUUUACCAUGUAGCUUAUGUUUUGCUAUUCUGCAACAUCUUAGCACUGAUGAUAACCUGCAAUUUAGGCUUUUCUGAUAAUGCUAAAUAUGGCUUCUGGCUUGUCAGCUAAGGGGAUCUGAACUGAAAAGAUUUAACAAGUCAUUCUUUGCUUUUUGGUUAUCUUAUUGUUGUGAAAGAAUGUUAGAGAGCCUUUUUAACAUUAUUUAACAAAGUGGAAAACAAAGGGGCCAGUUUUUUGGUUUUUCAUCAAGGCUAUGUGUGACAUGCAUAGGUGGGAAAAUCAAUGAAAUCACGUCUCAAAUGCAACACUUUAUGAAUAAAACUAUUUAAAAAAAAAAACCUGUUACUGAAACCUGCUUGUUUAUCAAAUCUCGAUUUCACAGUAGCAGGUUUUAAGCUAGAAGGGGCUUGAUUCAUGGAUAAAUGAAUGCCUCAACAUCCUUUCACAACAGCAUGUGGAUUGAUAGCAGAGGAUCAGCCGUAUUGUAUCUUUGUCAGUAAUAUUCUGGUUUCCUUUAACUUUCCAGUCAAGUGCCAAAUCAGAUUUAGGGGUCAUAUUUUUUAUAUAUUGGGCUGAAGUUGUAUCACUCCAGUAACAGAAUGAUCAGUGUGACUUGAAAGAGGCAUUCAAUUUAAUUUCGCAGUCAAGUUUUAUUUCAAGGUCAUGAAUUUACAUGUUUUGACAAACUUGGAGCCACAGCACACACAUACACCCCCC